AGAAGGAGGGAAAGGGAGGGCGUGAGAGCGAGUGAGACACAAGAAAAGCUUGCGCGCCACCGCCCUCCUCGGGAGAGAGGCUGGAGUGAGGCUGAGCAGAGAACCGCAUUUCAAUGAGGACCAGCCCCGGCGCAUCCGUGCACUAGCGGCUGCAACCCAGACGCCUGCUCGUGCUCCGCAGAUCCAGCCGCGCCCAGUCUUGCGAGGACAUCUCCAGCAGCCGGCCACAGACAACCCAGCGGCCACCCGCGACCGGUUCCACGCACAAGCCAGUCAUGUCGUUCGGCAGAGAUAUGGAGUUGGAGCAUUUUGAUGAGCGGGACAAGGCGCAGAGGUACAGCCGGGGGUCCCGGGUGAACGGUCUGCCCAGCCCCACACACAGCGCCCACUGCAGCUUCUACCGCACCCGCACGCUGCAGACGCUCAGCUCCGAGAAGAAAGCCAAGAAGGUUCGAUUCUACAGAAAUGGUGACCGCUACUUCAAAGGGAUUGUGUACGCCAUCUCCCCAGACCGCUUCCGAUCCUUCGAGGCCCUGCUGGCUGAUUUGACCCGAACUCUCUCGGAUAAUGUGAAUUUGCCCCAGGGGGUGAGAACCAUCUACACCAUCGAUGGACUCAAGAAGAUCUCCAGCCUGGACCAGCUGGUGGAAGGUGAAAGCUAUGUCUGUGGCUCUAUUGAGCCCUUUAAGAAGUUGGAGUACACCAAGAAUGUGAACCCCAACUGGUCUGUGAACGUCAAGACCACCUCAGCUUCCCGGGCAGUAUCUUCACUGGCCACUGCCAAGGGAGGACCUUCAGAGGUUCGGGAGAAUAAGGAUUUCAUCCGACCCAAGCUGGUCACCAUCAUCAGAAGUGGGGUGAAGCCACGGAAGGCUGUCAGGAUCCUGCUGAACAAGAAGACGGCUCACUCCUUUGAGCAGGUUCUCACUGACAUUACCGAUGCUAUCAAGCUGGAUUCGGGUGUGGUGAAGCGCCUGUACACUCUGGAUGGGAAGCAGGUGAUGUGCCUUCAGGACUUUUUUGGUGACGAUGACAUUUUUAUUGCAUGUGGACCAGAGAAGUUCCGUUACCAGGAUGAUUUCUUGCUAGAUGAAAGUGAAUGUCGCGUGGUGAAAUCCACUUCUUACACCAAAAUAGCAUCAUCGUCCCGCAGAGGCACAACCAAGAGCCCAGGACCCUCCCGGCGAAGCAAGUCCCCAGCCUCCACCAGCUCAGUUAAUGGAACCCCUGGUAGUCAGCUCUCCACUCCACGUUCGGGCAAGUCACCAAGUCCGUCACCCACCAGCCCAGGAAGCCUGAGGAAGCAGAGGAUUUCUCAGCAUGGCGGCUCCUCUACUUCACUUUCCUCCACAAAAGUCUGCAGCUCAAUGGAUGAGAAUGACGGCCCUGGGGAAGAAGAGUCUGAGGAAGGCUUCCAGAUUCCUGCUACAAUAACUGAGCGAUACAAAGUUGGGAGAACAAUAGGGGAUGGAAAUUUCGCUGUCGUCAAGGAAUGCAUAGAGAGGUCAACUGCUCGGGAGUAUGCCCUGAAAAUCAUCAAGAAAAGUAAAUGUCGAGGCAAAGAGCACAUGAUCCAGAAUGAGGUGUCUAUCUUAAGGAGAGUGAAGCACCCCAACAUUGUUCUCUUGAUUGAAGAGAUGGAUGUGCCCACUGAACUGUAUCUCGUCAUGGAAUUAGUAAAGGGCGGGGACCUUUUUGAUGCCAUCACUUCCACUAGCAAAUACACAGAGCGAGAUGCCAGUGGGAUGCUGUACAACCUGGCCAGUGCCAUCAAAUACCUGCACAGCCUGAACAUCGUCCACCGUGACAUCAAGCCAGAGAACCUGCUGGUGUACGAGCACCAGGAUGGCAGUAAGUCGCUCAAGCUGGGUGACUUUGGUCUGGCCACCAUUGUCGACGGCCUGUACACAGUCUGUGGCACCCCAACGUAUGUGGCUCCAGAAAUCAUUGCAGAGACUGGAUAUGGCCUCAAGGUGGACAUCUGGGCAGCUGGUGUGAUCACUUACAUCCUGCUGUGCGGUUUCCCUCCGUUCCGUGGAAGUGGUGAUGACCAAGAGGUGCUUUUUGAUCAGAUCUUGAUGGGCCAAGUGGACUUCCCACCUCCGUACUGGGACAACGUGUCAGAUUCUGCUAAGGAGCUCAUCAACAUGAUGCUGUUGGUUAACGUGGACCAGAGAUUUUCAGCCUUGCAGGUCCUUGAGCAUCCCUGGGUGAAUGACGACGGUCUCCCAGAAAAUGAGCAUCAGCUGUCAGUAGCUGGCAAGAUCAAGAAGCAUUUCAACACAGGCCCCAAGCCGAACAGCACAGCAGCUGGAGUCUCUGUCAUAGCAACCACCGCUCUUGAUAAGGAGAGGCAGGUUUUCCGACGAAGACGCAACCAGGAUGUGAGGAGCCGGUACAAGGCACAGCCAGCUCCACCAGAACUCAACUCGGAAUCGGAAGACUACUCCCCCAGCUCCUCUGAGACUGUUCGCUCCCCCAAUUCGCCCUUUUAAUAAGACCCUUUUACUCAAAGUCCUAGCUUAACCCUUUAAGACUCUGAGACUCCCCCUGCCCCAAACUUCUGUAAAACAGGUUCAUCUGAUCUAUCUAGCACUCAAUGCUUGAAUGGCAGAACAGAAAGUAUGUUUUGGGUAUCUUUGUAGCAAGUUCCCUUUACUGAAUGAGAAGGCAUGUGGUGUUUGUGACGAUGGUAAUUUGCUGCUAAUAGGGGUCCUUAAAGGGUUAAGGCUAAUUUGCAAUUUUGUUUUAACAUAGAAGCAAUGAAUGUUUUCAUCAGUCAAGCUAGUAUCUGCAAUAUGUAACAGCACAUGUUAGCCCUCUGAGUGCAUAGAAUUUUCUUUAGAUUCCUUGCUGGGGAAUUUUGCAGAACCUUGGGUAUAUUCACACACAUUUCUUGAUUUUGCUGCAGACCAAGGGGCGUCAUUAAGACCCUAAAAUGUCCACACAAGAAGAGCAUGGAGGAUGAUACAUUGUGGAACCUUCUCUGUGGAUUUAGAACAUGACAGGUUUUAUAGCGAGUCAGCAGAUGCACCCCCGCAUUUCUAACCAUCUUACGAAGAAAGGGGAUCCUUUUCCUAAGUAGUAAGCUGGUUAGCUGCAGCGAGUUCUCUGCUUUUAUUGGAGGGAAUUAGGUUUGUGGCAGCCUCACCCAAGUGAUUGACAGUGUCUCUCCCUGUCUCCAUACAAAGAUGUGCUGAUGACGCCCCUAAAAUGCUGCUUCCCCAUUAGCUGCUGCUAGUGCCAGGCAGACCCUCGGGGAACCACCUAGCCUUGGCUUGUGCUUGGUGAGUUGCGGUCUGUCUGCUCAGGAUCAGAAAAGAUCUAGAAAUUACUGGUGAAAAGAGCAAUAAAUUACCAGGUGCUCUACAGGGCUGGAAAUCCAGCCAGCAAGGGAAAGCAAGGUCCUGUGUUUUUCUCUUCUCAGCUGCUUUUAUACGGGACUGUAGCCACCAGUGUGAAACCAACACAGAGUAUGGAAGAUCUGGGGCGAGAGGGAGCCAGAGGCAAGGGCUUUGCGAAGUGGCAGAAGUACAGUGGGAACACAAUCCAAAAGGUUCCAAAAAUGGGUUCAUAGAAAGAAACCAACUCCGCAAGUAACUCUAGGCACCUGCAAGUCUCCCAGAAGACACGUAGGAGGCUGAAACUGCCACUCCCACUCAUGAUUUUCUUUAAUAUAGCGUGGUCUCUAGCCAUUCAGGAGAGAUGGGUUGCUUUCGUGGUUUGGGGCCAGGGCCUGAUUGGGACUGGUUUUCCACUCCUGUUACCCAAUCUGUCUCCCUCGACCUGAGCUUCUUUGGGAGCUGAUCGCAUUUCAGAAUUGGGGCUUGUUGCUUCCUGUUCAUUGUGACUAUGCUCCAAAAGGGUUCAGGGGUGUCCGGGAGGCAGGGCCCAACUCAAACGCUGCCCUGAUGUUUCUCAACUUUGACCCAGGAGAGAAGAGUGAUAGACUCCAGAAUGGCUACAAGUGGUCCUUAUUUUCUCAUUCUUACUCUGAAUAUAUUUUAAUGUCUUGAAAGUUAUGAACAACCCUUCCAUAGUCAGGUCUUUAUUUUCGAACUCCACACUGAUCUUCAACGGCUAUGUUUACACACAGUCUUAAAACUGUGUUCUACACACAUACAAACUUUUAAAUGACCAAAUCCCACAUUUUCUGGUCUUCCACAUUUAAAUCAACACUUACUUAACUUAGUUUUUUUUUUCUUUUAGAGAACCCAAAAAUGACAGCACAUAAAAAUCAUAAAGUGCUAUAAAUCAGCAUAAUACUUAAAUUGGGUGUUGGGAGCAGACAGGGCACAGACUACCAGGAAGAGUGUUGAUUUGAAGAUAGAGUUAAUAUUGGUGAAGGACCUAGAACUGGUCAGAAAUCACUGCUGUCUCUGGAACAGAAAAGCAAAGCCCUUUUAUUCUAAGAUAUCAAGCAAUGGCGUAGCUGAGCCUCCACUCGGUGUGUGUGACUAUCAACUGCCCUGUGGGCAAUAGCAGAUUGCCAUGUUUCCUUUCUCUGAAUUACUGCUUUCCCCUAGGUCAUUAACACAAGGCCACAGCAUCCAGGGGUACAGGCCCACAGUGCAGGGCUCUGGCUCUUGUCUAUCAUCAUUUAGAGUAUUUCCCAUCUUGCUGCAGAAGGGCAGCCCAGAGGAAUUCUGAGCCCACUCAGAAGGCAGAUCACAGCACAUCCCUAUAGAGUUUCAGUGAUCUAUGCUGAAUAAAUGGUGGGAUGUGGCCUGUCAAGUAGAAAUAUUGAGCAAUUGGAUGGAAUGCAGUAAUUCACUCAUCUUUCCAGCAUUAAGCUACCAAGAUCUUAGAUGUCAGAGGUGUAACUCAGAGGGCGAACAAACAAGCCUGUGAGGACGACUCGCUGUGCCCAGAUUGAUUUGGUUUUAGCCAGCACUAAUCCCCCCCCCCCAACAUUCUUGGAAUAGUUUCAGUUAGAAAUAAUUAAGUGGUGGUGUUCUUUGAAUUUCUAUAACCAAAUCAAUCUUAUUUUUUAUUUUGUGUAUCAUAGAACAACUAUGUGCCAUUAUGGCUGUGUAUCUCUGUAAUUAUCCACUUAACCAUCAUUAAUGUAUCCAUAUUUUUGAGUAUUGGAUAUAACUCUUUCGGCAGUAGUUUGGUGAUGGGAAUUGCCCUUCCUUUACUAAGAGGACCAGCCCUGUGGUAUUUAAAGGAGUCUUUCAGUUUGAGAGUGGGGUAGUUGAGCAAUCCUGCAUCACUUGCUUCCUGUAAGUCAGUUCUGUAGAUGAGACCCGUUCAUAUUCAUGAAUACGUUUACCCCUUAGCAUUGUGGCAGAAACUACUUUAUUUGUCCUGAUCAAUAAAUAUGUGAUUUGUUCCAAACCCUUAGAAGGAAAAGCGAAGAACGUCAGUCCCUGGAAAUGUUCUGGCCUACCCUCAUCUAACUCACACGUGGUGCGUGUUAACAUACGCAGAGGAGGGCACGAGAAUAAACAGGGGAAAACACGUGAUGUUCUGUGUUCACUGAGACUUUCCUACAACCUGCUUAGCUCUCUUGUGAGUGGUGGUUAACAGGUCUGUCAGAUACUGUUGAAAGAGAACAGUGCAUCUGUGAAUGAAGGCUAAAAUCGCAAUCCUUUACCCUUUGAGGCAUAUUUCAGUUGGAAAAAAAAAAAAAAAAAGGAAAGAAAAAUUGCCUCAGAGGGUCGCAGAGCUACCGAAUUACCAGGACUCGAGCGCGUUAAAUCACGGUUGUUUGCUGGCCAAAGGCAUCCGCUAGACAACUCUAUCCCCUGUGCUGAAGUACAGCAGUGCUGAGGGAGAGCUUUCUUCACAUUAUUGUAUUGCCCCUAGCCCUUCUCUGGGUAAAGCCCUGUCAGCAUUUCCAUGAUAAACUCCUAGUCUGGAAGGUUUUUAAUUUGACCAUAAAAAUGUGCCUCGGGCUAAAGUUUGCUAUUCAAGGCCGGUACUGAAGAGUGAGGGCACAUCUCACACUUCUCAACUUCUCCACUCCCGAGGAAAACUCAACACCAAGAAUUCGGAAUACAUUGCCUUCAUUGUGAUUUCAGAGUUUGGGGAUGCCCCAAGAUCCAAGAUGGUAUUUUUAACAUAAUUACUCAUUUGGGCAUGCUUUUUUUAAAAAAUGGACCACCUAGCAUAUAUUAUAGAAUAUUUUCUAUUAUUUGUAAGUCUUUUUUUAAAUUACUGUUGUGAUUUUCUUUUUUCUUCUUUCUUUCUUUACUUUUCUUUCUUUUUUUUUUUGUCAAAAGAUUUUUUUUAAAAAAACUUGAAGUUGAUCAGCUCGAAGGUUCACUUUUCCCACGAGCUACCUGCCACUUCCAUUGGUAAUUUGGAAAAAACCUCUCUGACCCAACAGAGCUUUGGUUUGAAAACUGUGUGGAGGGUUAGACACAUGUUUCUUUGGAAAUCUGGAUUUCCGAGUUUAAUCAUCAGGUUUCAUGAAGGCACUCUUGUCUGUUGGGAGACUAGAGGCUAAAAGCGCCCCCACAAUUAACACUUUUGUCAACUUAGAUUCAAAGCCAGCAUAAAAUAGCCCUUCAUACUCUCCUGUUUAAAGGCAAAUAAAUCAGGGAAACUUGAGGACAUCCGAAACAUUUGAUGACUGCAAGCGUGCUUUCCCAUUGGGCUGUACGGUGCUUACACAUGGAACAGUUAAGAGCUGGGACCCCGGACGUCAGAUGGAAUCUUUGGUUUGUAUGUAAUUACAUACAGAUGGGGGAGGGGGGGUACCCUAAGCUGUUCUUUUGUUUUCUAAUCAUCUCAAAUAUGCAGCCAGCCAGCCAGUAGCAUUAAGGGUCAUAAACUGGUGGGAAACAGGAAAUCUAAGGUAGAGGUUUAGAAUGCCUCGGCUGGGGCGUUUUGGUUUGUUUGUUAUUGUUGCUGGCUCUAACAUGGAGGCCUCUGUGGUCAUUUUUCGGUAAGUGAGCAUCUAACUGGCAGGUGUUGUGAUCAUGUGGUUUGCCCAUGGAGACAGAUGAGGGAUAUGGAUUCAUCGUUUUCCAUCAAGGAAAGGCUAUCUCUCUCAACUGUACCUGUAAAUUUCCUCAACAUUUCUUUUCUUGUCAAUUAAACUGAGACUCUUAAUGUUCCUUUAAUGUAAAGCUGUAUAUUUUUGACUGUGGCAUACUUUAUUAAUUUAAAGUAAUUAGUGCUUAAGCCUUCAGAACUGGUGGUAUUACGAGUGGAUUUUAAAGUGGUGUUCAACAUCCUAACAAGUUCAAUUCAUUCCAAGUCAGUUGGCUGUAGUCAGGAACAGACCUUUACUGGUUCUCUGGGGCAACUUCUCACUUGCCCUUGACAUUGAAUCCUCAGUGUAUUUGAAGAAUAAAUAAAAAGAGAUUGAAACUGGCCCAAGGUUAGAGUCAUAUCCUUGACAACUUUAAAAAAAAAUUUAUUAGGAAAUUAAUAUUAGCUUUUUUCAUUCUGGCUGAAAGAAAAUUAUUAAAGGAUUAGUUGUGCGUGAAAUUAAAUAGUAUUUUGCUUCUGCAUACUAAAGAAGUGGACUAGGGACUUGACACAUUUAACAAGUUUCCCGAAAGGUUUUGAUUUGGAAAAAAAAAAAUUCAACAUUUCCUUUGCGAUUCUGACUUCGUCACUUGCUGCAUGGAUCAGAUGGCGUAGGUUAGUGUCUGGUUUUGGAAUCCCAAUGAAAUAACUUUCAAACGAUUUGUACCCAUGAUUAAAGGUGGAAUGAGACCCAAUUUUCCCCCUAAUCCUUCAGUUUAAGCUCAUAAAUUGUAGGUGAAUGUGGAAUGAAAUCAUCUGUGAUAUAUUAUGUUCAUUUACCAAAUGAGCUCUUUUGAUGUUGCCUGUUUUUAUGUAAAACACGUUCUUAAACUAAUAAAGUAAUAUCUCUUGGUGUA